AUGUACGGCGACCUGUUCAACGCCACUGGGAGCCCUGAGGCGGCGGUGGGCAGCGCGCUGGCCCCCGGAGCCACGGUUAAGGCAGAGGGCGCUUUGCCGCUGGAACUAGCCACAGCUCACGGUAUGCGGGACAGCACGGCCACCAAGCCCGACCUGCCUACCUACCUGCUGCUCUUCUUCCUGCUGUUGCUCUCCGUGGCUCUCGUCGUCCUCUUCAUCGGCUGUCAGCUGCGCCACUCGGCCUUUGCCGCUCUGCCCCACGACCGCUCGCUGCGCGACGCCCGCACACCCUGGAAAACGCGGCCAGUGUAG